GAGAGAGAGAGAGAGAGAGAGAGAGAGAGAGAUCAGAGGAGAUGAGAAGAGUACAGUGGGAGAGGAAUCAAAACUCAACAAGGGGAGAAACCCAGACAUAACAGAAAAGAUACAACAGAGUGAGAGACGCAUGAGACGAGUCACACGAAGAGAAGAGAUGAGAGGAAACACAUCUGAUCAGUAGCUGUUUAGCUGAAACCAAGUGGGAGUAGUGUGUUUUGUUGGACUAGAUUUAUCUAGGUAUCUUUCCGAGCCCACACACAUAUACUCGUGAUUGUGUUUCCUGCACGUGCCUUCCUCGUGAAGUGUGUGUUGUGCUCAGGACUUUGAGUGUGUGUGAGUGAGAGACCAUGUGGAGGUUCGUGACCCUGGUCCUCCUAGCCCACCUGGGGAGCAGUCUGACGGGGGCAUGGAGAGCCUCCCAGCCUCGCCUGCAGUUCACCCACUCAGAGCUGGUCCAGAAUGGCCGUCUUCUCUCCCUGCCCCUGGCGGCGGGGGACAUGCACUCUCUGCUGCCAGACGAAGAUGGCCGCCGGCUCUACGUGGCCAUGAAGGACAACCUGCUGUCCACAAGCCUGGAUGACAUCACACAGAACCCACACAUGCUAUACUGGCCAGCAAGUCCAGACCGGGUCCAAGAGUGUUUGAUGGCUGGAAAGGACCGGGAGUUGGAGUGUGCUAACUUCCUGCGGGUGCUACAGCCCUACAACCAGACCCACCUAUAUGUGUGUGGAACGGGAGCCUUCAACCCUCGCUGUGCCUUCAUCCCCACCAAUGUCUUCCUCCAGUCGGAGCGACAAACUCUGUCAUUUGGAGAGACUGAAUGUGGGAAGGGAAAGUGUCCAUACGAUCCACACCAGAAAACAGCCACAGCCAUUAUUGAUGGCGAGCUGUACGCUGGGAUCUCUUCCGACUUCAUGAGUCGAGACUCGGCCUUCUUCCGCAACCUGGGCAGUCGUCAUGUGAUCCGCACCGAGCAGUACGACUCCACCUGGCUUCAGGAUGCCCAGUUUGUGAAGGUGGCCUCGAUGGCGGAGACUGAUAACCCAGAGGAUGACAAGGUGUACGUGUUCUUCACUGAGCGCGCUCAGGAGGCAGAGGGGGCUGCUGGGAAGGUGCUGUACUCCCGAGUGGCACGUGUCUGCAAGAAUGACAUCGGGGGUCAGAGGAGUCUGGUGAACAAGUGGAGCACCUUCCAGAAGGCACGUAUAGUCUGCUCCAUCCCUGGAUCCGACGGGAUACAGACUCACUUUGAUCAUCUACAGGACAUAUUUAUCCUCCAUGAUGGGAAGGACAAGAAAAACCCUCUGAUCUACGGACUCUUUACCACAUCCAGUGACGUUCUGAAUGGUUCAGCAGUGUGUGUGUACCACAUGCAGGACGUGGUAAGGGCCUUCAAGGGAAACUUCUACCACAAGGAGGGACCGCAGUACAAGUGGGCCGAGUUCACAGGAAAGGUCCCCUAUCCAAGACCUGGCACAUGUCCCAGCAGUACAUACGGUAGCUACAGCUCCACCCGGGAGUACCCUGAUGACGUCAUCUUCUUCAGCCGUACCCACCCUCUGCUGCAGGAAGCAGUGCUGCCUCAGGGAGGGCGCCCUCUGUUGGUCAGGGUGGGAGUGCACUACAAAUUCAGCCGACUGCUCGUGGACCGAGUAGAGGCAGUGGACGGACAGUAUGACGUCCUGUUCAUUGGCACAGACUCAGGCCAGGUGCUGAAGUCUAUCCCCCUCCCUAAAGAACACGGUGUCACCCAGGAGGUCACCCUGGAGCAGCUGCAGGUCUUCCAGCAUAAGUCACCUGUGACUACCAUGACACUGUCCAAGAAAAAGCAGUGGCUGUUUGUGGGUUCUGCGGAGGGUGUGGCCCAGUUGGCUCUGUUCCAGUGUGAGCUGUACGGCCAGGCCUGCACUGAAUGCUGUCUGGCCAGAGAUCCCUACUGCACCUGGGACGGACACGCCUGCAGCCCCUUCAUGCCCAUUGCACGCAGGAGGAACGCUCGCCAGGUUGGUGAUGAGGAGGACCCUCUGACACAGUGUGUCAGACAGGGAGCUGGUCUGCAGGUGAAAGCAGAGCAGAGGGUGAUGAUGGUUGCCGAGGGUAACAGCACCUAUCUGGAGUGCAUGCCCAAAUCCAGACAUGCAGCCGUCACUUGGUACAUACAGGCAGGAGAGAACAGCCCUGAGCUGCAUCAGUUGCAGUCAGGAGAGCAGCUGGUGGUGAUUGAGAGAGGUGUUCUGAUCCGUCAGGCCGAGACGGGUCACUCUGGCGUGUAUCACUGUCAACUGGAGGAGCAUGGCUUCCGUUGGACUGCCGUCACCAUCCGUCUGAGUGUGUGGAGCCCCUCCCGUGCCCUCUCCUGGUCCCCUAACAACCCCAACCAAAGCCCAGAUGCCUUCCAGCCUUGGUACCAGGACGUCAUGGCCCUCAUCCAUCCCAGCAGCCUGGAGAAGCACUGUCAGAGGCUGGGCUUCCGACAACGCCGGAACCGCAACCGCGACCAGGAUCAGACCAAGGACACCAACCGCAAGACAGGGGACGGCCCCAGGGGCGAGAGGCACAAACAUGGAGGCCAAGGUGGAGGUGGAGGAGGAGGCGGGAGGAAGAGCAGGAGCAAACCCCAGCAGAGGUCUCCACGAAGUGCUUAGAUGCUCUACUGCCUAGAACAUGCUUUCUUCUGACUUACACCCUCAAACACUGUCUCACUUUCUCAAAGACACACACACACACACUUACAAAAACACAUAUUCAUGUAGAUUGGGGACAUAGGAGGUUCAGUGUGGGCUGGACUCAGAAAUGUGAAUGUGGUUGCGUAGCGUGUUGUAUGAAGGAUGCACAGCAUGUCCAAGAGACUGGUGAGGAAUAUAUUAAGGCAUGAAGAGGACCUGGAAGAAUGUGAUGUCUCAUAAGACACACUAUGUGAACUUGUCUGAGGAACUGACUGGGUCUAAUGUACAGAGGAGGUGAAGCGAGCUGGGAUCUGUCCCAACAAAAGACAGAGAGGGAGUCAAAAGGACUCAAGCACGUGAGAGAGACUUAUGUGUCUCUGAGGCACAACAUUUGUGAUUUGUCUUUGAUGUUUAAUGUAAAAAAAAAUCUUAUUUAAAUAUGUGUCGUAUUUAUUUAAGUUUUGUAUAAAAAGGUUUGUUUCAGUAGUUGUAUAAGGUCAGUUUUAUUUAGUAAAUGCUCUGUGGUGUUCAUCAGGCUUUCAACUCAAGCUUGACUCCACAUAACUGGCAUCAUUGAUGCUGGGUGUGUUUGACAUUAGUGCAUCAGAGGAAUUAAAAGGGGGAAAUCUGAGUCAAACUUGCAAGACUGCCAAAACGAAAUGCAGCAAAGCUAAAGCACUUCUAAUGCUGUAGGAAAAUAAACUUUAGUUUUAUGUUCUGGAGCAGCUGCAUAAAAGCAGAGAGAGACAGAGACAUUUUUAAUGUUGUCAGACUUCUUUACUGAGCAAUGUCCUCGCGGCACGCGCGCGCGUGUGUGUGUGUGUGUGUGUGUGUGUGUGUGUGUGUGUGUGUGUGUGUGUGUGUGUGUGUGUGUGUGUGUGUGUGUGUGUGUCUGUGUGUGUACUUUAUUCACUACCUUAAAGUAUGAUGGAAAGUAUUUUAUAAUGAAACAUGUAAUGUUGAUGCUUUCCUCAAAGACCUUGUUCAGAUCCUUCCCUGAUUCAUUAUGCGCUCAUGUAUUUCAUUGUGUAGCGUAUAUUUAUAUCUCUGUGCCAAUAUUUAUUUCAUGUGAUUUUCCAAAUUGACUUUAAAAUUAAAUCAAAUGUUUUCAAUUGAUCUCUCCCAAGUUAAGGAGACAUCCAAUGUAAAUAUUAAAUUCUGCCAGUAUGUUUUCA